CCCAAUUGCGCUUCUGCUCUAGAUAUGCCCUGGCUGACAGAUGUUGGCCCCGGUCUUACCUCCGCGCUAUUAUUCGGGACGGAAACUGGAGAGAGACAAUUGAUUAAGGGUAGAGGGCGCAACAAGUCUCCCGGGUCCAUUCGAAGGCGCUUCGGUUGGAUCAGGAAAUUGCUUGAGCGUUCAGUUCAAUCCACCAGUCAAGUCGCCAUGGUCAGGCUCCAGGAAUUCUUCCAGAGUUCGGAUUCUCGGUCAGUCGCACCGGUGCGCGUAGUCGCGUGAUCCCGGACAAGAAGAACGCAGUGAGGAUAUCGUGUCAGUAGCAGCAAACCCUAUCGGAGCCACGUUCUUGACUUCUGUGAUGAGCCAGAUACCGAGCGUGCAGGGAGCCAGGCAGCUGUCCGGGCAUUGGAUCAUGCAUGCGGACUGACAUGCGACAGUGGCGCGGCGGAUAUUAGUCUCGUAGAUCGGCGUCCACCCGUAGCGUAGCACACGAAGGGAAGUACGGUAUCAACAAUGGGAUCUGCGAUGCUCCACCGUAUCAUACAUCCAGCUCGCGCAAACUGCCCGUGCGUGCCAUGAGCUGGACACAUGUUUGUGCA